AGAAAAAAAUAAAAAAGUGGGGGAAAAAAGGGGCAAGAGGUGAGGAGGGUAAGGCGGAUCGAGAGGGAGAGGCGCAACUUGUGGGGACUUGGAAAGCUCAGAGCUCAGUCUUCGCUCGCUUUGCUUUGCUUGCUUGCUUGUUCUCUAAAAACUCUCUUUUCCUAUAAAAAUGUCUACUUUAUAUUAUUAACCUCCACAUUUCAGCUUGCUGUUUUUCUCCUAAUUCAAACCGUUAUCUGGUCAAAAGCCAAUUUUUUUGUGAUGCUGAAAUUUUCACUUGUUCUUGAGGCCAGAUGAGAACAGCUACCAUGUGUUUUUCUAUUUUACAAGGCCCUAGAUUUAAAAUUCAUACAUUAGUAAAUUUUUGGAGUGGAAACUUCCACAGUUGGACUAGGACAUAUAGUAAUAGCUCAAAGCUGCAUGGUUCUAUAGUCAACGGGCUUGAGGGAGGAAAGAGCAAGAAAUGGACUAGAAGACCAGUAACCACAAAAGCAGAAGAAAGAGCCAAAAGAAUCCAUAGCAGUAAGACAAGCAGUAUCAGGCAUGAAGUGUUUGAUGGAGCGGUUUCAACAAAUGCUACCUUAAACAUAAAUAAAACAGAAAUAAAUCAAUUCCAAAAGAUUCAAUAUUAUGACAUUCAAAAAAUUAUUGCUGAGAAUAAAGAUUUGGCCAAUCUUGUGACAGUUGUUGCUUUUGAUAUUGAGACUACUGGGUUUAGCAGAGAAAAUGAUGGGAUAAUUGAAUUUGCACUUCAAGUUCUUCAGGGUGGUGAAAACAGCACUUUUCAGACACUUGUAAAUCCAGAACGGAAUAUUACAAAUUCACAUGUUCAUGGCAUUACGAAAAAUAUGGUCGACAGACCUGGUGUUCCAAGGAUGAGAGAGCUGAUACCAAUCUUGCUGCAGUAUGUCAAAAGCCAUCAGAAACCUGGCGGUUUCAUCAUGUGGGUUGCUCACAAUAGUCGUUCUUUUGAUGUCCCAUUUUUGCUCAGUGAGUUUAGUCGUUGCUCAAUAGAGCUUCCUCCAAAUUGGUUGUUUCUGGACACCAUUCCUUUGGCCCGUGAAUUGAUGAAGUCCGAAGGAUCAAAACUUUCAAAAAUAUCACUGCAAGCCCUUCGUGAGUACUAUGGGAUUCCAUUGAUUGGUUCAGCUCACAGAGCCAUGUCUGAUGUGAGAUCUUUGUCAUUGAUUUUUCAAAGGUUGACCUAUGACCUCAAGUUGACGAUGCCUGGCCUUGUUGAAAGGUCUUUCUUGGGCUCAGACAUAAAAAAGAAGAAGAGUUGAGGAUAGUCCCCACAGCUUUUGCUCUUGUACUAACUGUUUUUACUAUAAUCAACAAUGUAUUGAUCCCAAUGGCAUUAGUUAAGUCCUGCGGAGGAGCCUCUAAUUAAAAGAGGUCAGAAUAUAUAAUUUAUGGCGCAAAAGAAACUUGGUUGGGGUGGUGAUUUCUGCCACUGUGGGUUUGGGUUUGGAAAGAAAAGCCAUUCAUUGUAUUUGUUAGAAUGUUGUUAUUCAAUAAAAAUGUCUUCCCUAUUUAAUCA